UUGACUAUUCUGACGCUAGUCAGGUCCAAAAUGAAAGACAACCUAUUCAGCGACUACCUAGUGAGCAUGUGUAUGUUUAACAUCAUCAUCCUCAUCAUGUCGGCAAUCAGAAUGAUCACACUCUCGAUAACGGGAUCCGAGUUUGUUUACUAUACACCGAGAAUUUGCCUGUUCACCAAAUGGAUUACCUGCACUUUGAUGAGCAUUAGUACCUGGCAUUUGGUCAUGAUCACUGUGUGCCGUUUGCUCUAUUUGAUUGACAGGACCAAACGACUUGUGACUGCAACACACCCAAUAAUCGUCAUCAUCGCCUUCUGUGUCGUAUGCUCUGCCUUCAUCAUCAUCUGCUUGCAUUUCUGUGUGCGAUAUACAAACGAUAGUGGUGAUACAACAGAGUGCUACAUGGACGAAACAACCAUCUCCGCCAUGAUCAUCGCAUCCUUCUACGCCUUCAUGCCGGCCUUCGUGCUACUGGUUCUCAACAUCGCCACCUUCUGCCUCUACCGCUACAAGAGUUCCAGCCAGAUCGAGGUCAAGUCCACUAUCAGAGCCCGGCAACAGCUCCUGUUUCUGGGAUUCCUGUCUAGCACCCAGUUUAUCGUCACAGCCUUCCCCAUCACCAUAUACCUGCUCAACCAGAAGCUCUUCUUCGACACCAACACCCACGUGGGAUUAGCCAAGGCUAACAUGGUGUACUACAUAACGGCCAUCAUCCUCCUCUUCAACAACGCCAGUAACUUCCUCAUCUACUGCUUCUUCGGUCGGAAGUUCCGCAAGGAAUUCUGGACCACCAACCAAUUCUGGCUGAGGUGCUUCUGUCCAGCGUGCGUGUUCGAGUCUAUCCAGAGACGGAUGGACGAAGUGGAAUUGGAGGCGUCCAGUUCCAAACUUACAGUUGCACAGACGGCAACAGACUUGCAGCUGGCACCUUACAGAGAGAAAAAUGUCAGCGGCGCCAGCACUAAAGUCUCUGGGGAGACCUGCGUCGACCACCCCUCCCUCUACGACGGCAACGACCUGACGGGUCCCGAAUCUGACGUCGACUGUUUUGUUCCGCUUUCAACAGACGAACCCCCCAUCCCCACAGAAGACACGAAAUCCGUCGAACAAAUUCCGACCCCCGAGAAACGAGUCUCCAUGUCGGUUGGACAACCUGGUCAGAAACAACGGAGAUCGAUUUUCAAAUUCCGGUUUUCGUUUUCCGAUCGCCGGAAACAAUCCGGGGUGGGGGAGACUCCCCUACGGAGUAAAUUAUCCAAAAUUGCCAAUGGCCUCGUAGAGGAAACGAACUCCAAUCAAGAAGGUUCAGGUUCGAAAAACUCUAGUAUUCGCUCCAACAACAGUCAAAAGUCGACCACGCCAAGCAAGUUGCCAACGCAAGAACUCACAAAUGCUGAACAAGUACAAGCAAAAGACAAAGUUCCGUCAGAUAGAAGCACGAUUUUUUAAACUGAUUUCAGUGUGGAAUAUUAUAU